AUGACUGUGUCAUCACUGUUUACCGCCUUUCAGCAGCUGGCUGCACAUGCUGGGUUCAAACUGCCUAUGGCUGCACUGGAGGGUUUGAUCAGGCCUGAUGCCGGCGACUCCACCGCUGCAACCCCACCGCCGGCGGGUACGGUCGGAGCAUCUGUAGUAGCUCCUGGCACAACAAAAGGUGCUCUUCACACCUCUGCUGGUGGUCCGUCACUUGCGCGUCCCGCAGCCGGCGCUUCAUCCUCCGCGGCAGAUCAGGCGGGUGCUGCAGCAUAUGUUUCUACAGCAGCAGCGGGUCAGCCAGGUGCCUCUGUCCGUGCUCCUCCUGCAGGAGCGGGUCAGCCUGGUGCCUCUGCCGUUGCUCCACCUGCUGGUUUGGUUCAGCCAGGUUCCUCUGCCGGUGCGGGUCCAGCAGGAGCGGGUCUGCCUGGUGCAGCAGCCUGCGUUUCAACAGCUGCAGCGGGUCUGCCAGGUGCAGCGGCCGUUAUUCCAACAGCAGCAGCGGGUCAGCCAGGUGCAGGGUUCGGUGUUUCAACAGCAGCAGCGGGUCACCCACUUGCAGCUGCCGUUAUUCCAACAACAGCAGCAGCGGGUCAGCCAAAGGCCGCAGCCGGUGUACCUACAGCAGCAGUGUGUCAGCCAGGUUCUGCAGGCGUUGCACGUACAGCAGCUGCGGUGCAGCCAUGUGCGACAGCGGGUGCUCCAAAGGCGGCAGCGCAUCAGCACGGACCCGCCACGGGGUUUGCUAUCAACGCGGGCGUUGUACGGCCUGGUGACGCCUGCUGGGAUAUAUUGGGACCGGGGUCGGAUCUCACCAACUUUCCGCAGUCUGUGCAGGUCCAUGAUGCAACAGGGUCGCAAGCAGCUGCAUGGACAUCAGGAGAACAGCUCUUUGUGCCCCCGGGUUUUCCACCCGGGAUGCAUCUCCAGGGAUUUCGGGAACCAGGAGCGGGGGGAUUUGCUCCACACGGAGGUGGUGUUCAGUCGGGAGCAUCUGCACAUGGCGCGCCACCACGACCUAUAGGCCAUGCUCUGCAUCGUCCCAACUUGCUCUUCCACGGAUCUGGACAUCCAACCUCUGCCGUGCAUCUGCCGCUGUCGUCGCACGGCCCCUGUGUGCAGGAUCCAGCUGCUUUCCUCGUCGCUGCAGAGGCGCUCGACAAUGGCAGCAACCUACCUGGCCACUCCUCCUCCGCACCUCGUGGGACUCUAUUGAACAUGCUCUCCGGCUUCGCGCAGCCACCGCAACAGGUUCUGCCCUCCCCUGCCGCCUCCUCGUGCGCCAUGCCAUCGACCCAGGUUGGGGAGGAGGAGGAGGCCGCUAGCAUAAAGUACACGGGGGUCACCAAGAAGAAGGGUAAGAACGAGUGGGUGGCUAGGAUUGUUCUCGACCGCUCUUCCAAUUCUCUUAUUGUCAUCAGCAGUCACUUUCAAUCUGAGGUCGCCGCGGCUAGGUCAAUAGCCGCAGCGUCUCAUGUGAUGUUCGUCGACAAUCCCACGAGAGGCGAUCUCAUCCCCUUGACGGACGUCGACACCGCAAAGUUACAAGGGUGUACGGCUCAACAGUGUGAUCUGAUGGUCCGGAUGAAGUUCUGGCACAAGUGGGAGCAGUGGGCGGAGUAUUGGCAUGCUGCUAAAGCUAAGUAUGACGAGAAAGAGCGCAGGGCGGCGUUGAAGCGAGCGGCAUUAGAUAGGAGCUUGGGGCACCCUGGCGGUCUGCAGGACAAAAAGGCCAGAACGGACGGUGAAGGCCUGUCAGGAGGGGUGACGGGAGAUAACCAUGAGGGUGUGGGAUCUAAGGAUGAGUAG